ACGCAAGCCCGGUCUCAGACCUCACUUCUAGUGGUGCGACCGUUUCCUGCGCGGACGGCGGGGACUCCAUCCCGGAGCAUGGACUGCACGUGUGAGGAGAGGCUCACGGAGGAGGGGAGUGACGAGGACCCUGGCUCUGCGGAAGCCCCGGUCCGGAUCCGCGACACGCCGGAAGACAUUGCCCUGGAAGCUCCCGCCAGUGGGCUGGCGUUCCAUCCGACCCGAGACCUGCUGGCGGCCGGGGACGUGGACGGGGACGUGUUCCUCUUUUCCUACUCUUGUCAAGAAGGAGAAACCAAGGAGGUCUGGUCCUCUGGUCACCACCUCAAGUCUUGCCGAGCUGUGGUCUUCUCUGAAGAUGGACAGAAACUUGUUACUGUUUCCAAGGACAAAGCCAUCCAUUUUCUAAAUGUGGAGGAGGGCCGACUAGAAAGACGAAUUUCCAAGGCUCAUGGCGCCCCCAUCAACAGUCUGCUACUAGUGGAUGAGAAUGUUCUGGCCACAGGGGAUGACACAGGUGGUAUCCGCCUCUGGGACCAACGGAAGGAGGGACACUUAAUGGACAUGCGACAGCAUGAAGAGUACAUUGCUGAUAUGGUUCUGGACCCAGCCAAAAAGCUGCUGCUGACAGCCAGUGGAGAUGGUUGCCUUGGUGUCUUCAACAUCAAACGACGCCGGUUUGAGCUACUCUCAGAGCCUCAAUCAGGAGAUCUGACAUCUGUCACCCUCAUGAAAUGUGGUAAGAAGGUAGCCUGUGGCUCUAGUGAAGGUACCAUCUACCUCUUCAACUGGAAUGGUUUUGGGGCCACAAGUGACCGCUUUGCUUUGAGAGCUGAGUCCAUUGACUGCAUGAUUCCAGUGACAGAGAGUCUACUGUGCACUGGCUCUACUGAUGGAAUCAUCAGGGCUGUGAACAUCUUGCCUAACCGAGUGGUGGGCACUGUGGGACAACAUGCUGGGGAGCCUGUGGAGGAGCUAGCCCUCUCUCACUGUGGCCGCUUCCUGGCCAGUAGUGGCCACGACCAGCGCCUCAAGUUUUGGGACAUGGCCCAGCUGCGAGAGGUGGUAGUAGAUGACUACCGUCGACGCAAGAAAAAGGGAGGGCCUCUGCGUGCCCUGAGCAGUAAGGCCUGGAGCACUGAUGACUUCUUCGAAGGACUAAGAGAAGAGGAAGAGGGUUCCAAAGCUCCAGAGGAAGAGGAGAGUGAGGAUGACAGUGACUGAGGACACGAGUAGAAAACCUCAGGACAACUCUUCACUGGACAAGUCUUGCUUCCUGGUGUUGAUCCCGAGAAGACUUGAAUUACUUUUUUUG